UUACUUUCUGCCAAUUCUGGCUCUCCUUUCUAACCUGAAAUUCAUGCAUUGUGAAUUGUGACUUUUGUGACAACUCAGCACACAACUCAUUGUCAGUGAUCGAAUUGUGCGGAGUCAUUUAUAAUUGUUUACAUAGUACAUCUUUCAAUUGACACGUAUUCAAAAUGAAUAGCUCAACAGACCCAAGGCGACCGGAUAAAGAAGUUCGCUACAAGCCACCGGGUUCAAAUAAUCAGUUACAUAUGCAAGACGACAUGACUCCAGAAUACAUGAAUGUCAUAGGAAUGAUAUUUAGCAUGUGCGGCUUAAUGAUGAGAUUGAAAUGGUGUUCCUGGGUGGCACUCUACUGUUCCUGCAUCAGCUUUGCCAAUACGAGAGUGAGUGAAGACGCCAAGCAAAUCCUCAGCUGCUUCAUGCUGUCGAUAUCGGCAGUAGUGAUGUCUUAUUUGCAAAAUCCACAGCCCAUGAUACCACCAUGGGCAAGCGCUAUGCAGUAAAUUUUUGUACAAAUCUAAAGUUUUGCACAGCUUACCUUAUCAACAAACCAUUUUCAUCUUAUACAUGAGUGCAAGAAAAUUUCAACAGUUAAAAUAGAAUAAUGUUUAUAUUAGAAUGAUUGAUUAUAUUAUAUAUAUUGUAUAAAGAAUUUUCCUGUAA